AUGCGCCGCCGAGGUGGCCGCCUCCUCCACCGCCCAGCUCAGCUCUCUCCGGGGCCUGCCCGCUCCGCGCUGCCCCGAGGUGCAGCCCGGCCCCGUCCGCUUGUCCGUCCCGCUCGCCUUCCCCCGCCCCUUUCGCCGGCAGCGAACCGCGCGGCGCACAGGCCCCGCCGGCGGCCAGGAGGACCCGAGGGCGACGGGGGAUUCCGGCCCAGCCUCCUGUCCUCUCCCCGGGGCCUGGUGCACACUCUCCGCGGGGAGAGAAGGCCCUGCCCCGGCCUGGCGAGCAGCUCCGGGAAGGUCACCGGCACCGUGGAGCCGAGCACGGAGGCUCCCUCCGGUACCGCCGCGGUUGUUGCUAUUGCUGCCGGCCCGACAUCAGCGACCGCUGGGUGCCGCGCUCCGCCCGGGCUCGCUCCGUGCCCGUGCCUGGCGGCCGCCUCCGACUCUGAGUGCCAGGCUGCCCCCUUCCCCUUCCUUCCUUCCUUGCCUCCCGCCCCUUCCCCGCUCCCAGCCUUCCCCCGCCGGCUCCCUCCGGCGCCCGGUGCCAGGCUGCCCCCUGCGGGUCUCGGGGCCGCGGCUACACGCCCGGCGGGGCCGAGGAGGAGCCGGGCGCGGGAGCGGCCGCCGCUGCCGGUCCGCGGGUGCCGGGAGCCGUGUGCCCGCCGCCGCCGCGCUGCCCCGGGCUGGCUCAGCGGCGGCUGCAGCGACUGUGUGUCUGUGUCAUGUCUGUGCCUGGGCGGGCGGAGGCGCGGGGCCGAGGCGGGGCCAUCCCGCUCACACGCCGCCCAGCGACAGGCGCCGAGCGCCCAACCAGCGGCGGCCGCCGGCGCGCACCGCCCGCCCGCGCCGCGGGGCGCCCCGGGCCGCUACACCUGGGCAGGGCGGAGGGGGGCCGGGACGGGCUGCCCGCACCCUGGCGCUCUCGCAGCCGUCCCGCCCGGGGGGCUGCGGGGGCACAGCCGGACCCGCACGGGGGCCGCGCCCCGCACCCGCCGCUCCCCGCCCGCCCAGCGGUCCCGAGCGCCGGCCUGGCGCGGGGAAGUGCAGGGCGGCCCGGCCCGGCCCCCGCCUCGGGCACUGGUGCCCGUAGGGGGGGCGAGGCGGCGCCCGGCCUUCAGCGUGAGCGCCCGGCGGGGGAAGACCCGACUCCGACCGGCGAAACCGCGAGGCUAAGGGAAUAGCUUAAGAGAAAAGUGUUGUUCGUUAGAAGAUACCACAGAUGCUAAUUUCUCCCAUUACAUCAACUGCUUAAAUGCUAUAAGUCAUGCAGAAGUUGCUUUAUUGUGGGCAGAAAUGAUGCUUUUCAAUAUACUGUCCGUAAUUUUUGUGAACUAUUGAACAGGUUGUUCAUAGCAUGGUAGUAUUUGCUAGACUUGAUUAAGGUAUUGGACCAUCAAGCUUAGUAUUCUGCUGGCAGCAGCAUCCACUUCCUGAUGCUUUAAUCAAGAGUGGUAUCAGAUGAACUGAAGUAAAUCACAAAGUUGAACAUGCCGGUGAUGUCAUGUAAGUGUUACUAACUGCAAAUUUUGACAUAUUGUGACAACUAGGAGAGCAUUUUGCAGAAAAAAAAAUAACUGCUUAUCUGUAAAAAUAAUUUAGUUCUGAUAUGAAGAAUUUUCUGGAGAAGCUGCAGUAACAUACAGAUUGGUCUCUAUUGUGCUUGUUUUUUUCAUGAGCAAAUCAAAGUCAGAAAUGAGCUAUACUAAACUAACUAAUUCUCUCAUUUCGCCUAAGUGAAGCUAUAGGAUCAACCUUCAAGUAAUAAUGUUUUCUUGCACUGUUGAAGGAUUGCAACUGCUUUGGUGACAGUCACAAUGAACGAAUUGUUGGGGAAGUAUGGAGGAGGAAAUAGGAUUGUGUAUAUAGCUUCAUUAUUAAUAAAACUCUAUUAUCUACUGCCUGUUAUUGGAAUUCUCUGCAGUUCCACAUUUUUUAGUUUCAUGCUAUAUCUUGAAAACUAAUAAGUUGUCAAAGUCUGAUCCUACAAAAUAUUGAACAAUUUCUUCAGGUUCUUAAUGUUCUUAUCUUCUGUUAGAGCAGGGAACUCUCAGCACCCACAAAAAGUCUUAGGUUUUAAGAGCAGCAUGGAUUAUUAGGAUUACCUAAUGUGCCACCAUGCAUGACAAAUGAUGGAACUUCAUACGGAAGUAAAAUGUCUUACUUAAAAUUGCUCUGCAUCCUUCAGGUUGGUGACCUACUCAGAAAUGGACAACAGUUGUCCAAACCCAGAGAAUGUUUGGCAGAGGCUCUAGCUGAGAAUGGUUACCACCAGAUUAUAAAAUCUAACAAAGACAGGAGGAGUGACUACCUCUGAAGAUAGAGUUUUUCAGAAACUGUGUUUAUGAGCAAGUAAUCUUUUUCAUAUCCAUAAUAAAAAUUGCUUUAUCAGUCUUUGUCCUUGAAAA